UUAUAUUGCAUACUAUGAUCUUUGAUUUUAGAAUUUGCAAAAUUUUGCAACUUCUACAAAUUAAGGUUUUGUUAGGAAACCAGUACAGAUACAAAGUAUAGUAAUUUUGAUUUUUUGAUCAUCUUAGAUUUUACUCUAAUCAAAAUUGAGAUCUUGGUGUUUGAAUAGAACUUCCCCACAUUGUCUGUUCGUUGGACUCCCAUCUCAAUUUCUCUCUCUUCCUCCCCCUCAAAAAUAUCUCCGUGCACAUAUAUAUAUACACAAAAAAGACAUGCCUAAACAAAUAAAUGGAUUCUGACCUUAUAUAGAUCUCUCCUUCACAUUGAUAUAUCUCUCCCUUGCAUUGAUUCGGGCCUUACAAAUCUCAUAUAUGAUACACUGAGCCGUAUCGGGAUAAAUCGAAGGAGUUGGAGCAGUUUUGUCAGGUAGAAGGAGAUAGUUCAUAAUGCCCAUGGCCAGGUUUCUUGAUGAGGUGUCUGGUUGCUGCAUCACGUCCUCAAGUCAAAAGAAGGCCAAGAGGAUUGUGCAAAUCGUGAGUUGCCCAAGGAGUGCAACCACUGGAAAUGGAAAUAGGGCUGCUAAGGCGGAAGAUGAUCUCACCCAUAAGAGGUUGUUGCAUUUGGCUCAGGAUCUUGCAAAUAGACCUGCAUUUGAAGUCCGCCUAGUCCAGGUUCCUCCUGUCUGUGAUGGAAACUCAGGUGUGUCUCCUUCUAGCUCGCCAAGAAAGGAAGUUCCUCAAAGUGCCUUAAAUGGAAUGGAAGACCCUCAACAGCAAUCCAUCCUCCCAAAAAAUGGAGCUGAUCCGGACAAUGUUCAAGUGCACUAA